AAUUCAACAAGAAAAAGAAGAAAGAAAACAAUAAUUUUGCAGAUUAUACGCUAAGUGCUGAUCACAUUUUUAUGAUCUCAAAUGAAGCUCAAGCUUUUCAUUAGAAAGAUACAAUGGGUUCUCAUGCUCUCGGCAUCUAAGGGAACUAGUCUAAAGGCCAACAAGUUAAAGGAAGAGAUAGAGGCUGAAAAAAUGGUUCCAGAAGAUGUGAAGCAAGGGCAUUUUGCAGUAAUUGCAGUGAAAGGUGGAGAACCAAAGAGGUUUAUUAUGGAGUUGGACCAUCUUACUAAUCCAGCAUUCAUGAAGUUACUGGAGCAAGCUGAAGAGGAAUAUGGAUUCCAGCAGAAGGGAGUUCUAGCAGUCCCUUGUCAACCUGAAGAACUACAGAUGAUCCUAGGUGAAGGGAGAAAGAGAAGAAUGAGUUUUGAGAGGUAGGAUACACUAAAGCAGUUACGUUACCACUGUAUCGAGCUGCUUCUCCAAGACAGCAGUUCUUUACUUUACUAGAGCAGAGACAUGACUCUAACCAUAUAUUCUUUUGUUACUCAAGUAUUUGUUAGUGUCUAAUUUGAGAAUAAUAAAUAUUUGUUUGACAAAGAAAAUGAUCCUCCAACUAGUUCAGGACUAAAGCUCAGUUGAUUGGGUUGUUUGUUGCAUUUCAUAAACAGCAAAGCAUUGUGGAAUGCGGUUCAUCAGUAGCGUGCAUAAAAAGAGAAUCAAGCACAGUAGAAACAGAUACAAUUAGCUAUUGGGAUGCAAUACUAACCUCAAGAGUACAAUGUCAUUACUAAAUUGUUCUCCAGAUCUUUCACAUUAGUAGAACACUAAAGCAUUUACCAUGUAUGAGAGUUCAUGCAAAUGUCAAUGUAUGAGCAUGUCUCUAGAAAGUUCAGUAAU